AUGCUGACUUUUUCCGUCUUGCUCAUUUUGGGUUUGUCUGCUUUUGCCAAUGGUGCUACCAUUAGGGAUGCAUCUGGCAAUGUUGCCAUCGACAUGAUAGUUCCACGUGGUCAAACACGCGAUGAAUAUUUGAAAUCGAUUGUAGACUACUGGACUCCGGAACGAAGAGCUUCGGCAAUACAACUGGAUACAAUUGUUCGUGAUGAAAAGGACUUCAUCGAUUCGAACAAUGAACCAAGAGUCGAGAGAGCCGCCACAGUUUUAGCGCCCAGUGCAUUGUUACCAGGCAUGGUAUCAACAAAACCUAAGAUAGCUGGCAAAGUUUAUUUCACAGUGUCGGGGCAAAACUAUAUUUGUUCGGGUUCCGUAGUCAACGCAGAAAAUCGUGAUGUUGUUCUCACAGCUGGUCAUUGUGUUUUCGAUUAUGAAAGACAAGUCUGGGCAAGUCUUUGGGUUUUUGUUCCAGAAUAUUCGCUCGGCUCACGUCCAUUGGGUACCUUUGCAUUUCGUAAAUUGGCCACAAAAAGUGAAUGGAUGAACAGUCGAGAUUUUAACAAUGAUGUUGGUCUUGUCCUCGUGAAUCCAAACGAAAAAGGUCAGCAUGUACAAGAUGUUGCUGGCGGUCUCGGUAUCACUCUUGAUUCACAAAAAAAUCUGAGAACAACCUCAUUCGGCUAUCCAAAGAAUAUGAAUAGUGGCGAGACUGUGAGCAAUUGUGUCGGUGCGCCAUUAAGUCCAACGUUUCUAGCCGGGUUCACUGGAGUACAACUGUCAUGUGCCAUGACAGGUGGUUCAUCGGGUGGUCCAUGGAUUCAACAGUAUGAUGUAAAUAGUCAAACUGGUCAGCAAGUGUCAGUGAACAGCUUUAUUGUAUCAAACCGACCCAACAACAUGUUCGGUCCUCACUUCACUGAAUCCAACAUUGGUUCACUCUAUCGUGCACACCAAGAUCAAUAA